AUGGGGUCUCAGAGUACCGACUUCAUCCACACAGUGGGAGAUGUGACGGCGGAGUUCUUGUCUCGCGUCGUGAACACCGAUAUCACGGAAAUCUCGUCCGAGCGAAUUGGAACAGGGCUCAUUGGCGAAUGUUAUCGGUUUAAGCUCCAAUAUGCGCCAGGGGCCAGGGAAGGACCAUCCAACGUGGUGCUGAAGACCGCCGCGGCCGACCCGGACAGCCGCUCAAUCGGUAAAUCCCGGAAACUGUACCAGCGCGAGGCGCAUUUUUACUCCGAGGUUGCUCCCAUGCUCAAUGUGCCCUGCCUCGCCAAGUGCUACCAUAGCGCUGUCGACGCGGAGCACGAUGCCUUCGACCUAGUGCUCGAAGAUGUUGACCCUGGCAAAACAGGUAACGACCUGGCUGGGGCGAGCCUGGAGCAAGCCCACCUCGCUCUGGUCGAGCUGGCGAGACUGCAGACGGCUUCAACAAAGAGCCAAAACGCCAUGCCCGAGUGGCUCCACGAAGACCCAGUGCCCUCACAAUCCCUUCAUGAGAUCAUGUGGAAGCAGUUUGUGGAGCGCUACCAGGACAAACUGAAGCCUCAGCACCGUCAGGUGUGUGAAAGGUUUGUGGCCUGCCUCGAUAGCUACUACCAGUCUUUCCGCGCACCCGAGACGGCCAAAUGUCUCGUGCAUGGGGACUACCGUCUCGACAACAUGCUCUUUGGAGACAACCCCGGCCGGGGUUUCGUCGUGGUUGACUGGCAAACCAUGUCCUGGGGUCCCGUCUUUCACGACGUGGCAUACUUUCUCGGAUGCAGUAUCGAGUCCGACGUCCGCCGGGCUCACAGUGACGAGCUCCUGCGGGCAUACUACGACGCUCUGGGCGCAAAUGUGCCCUUCACCUUCGAUCAGUGCCGAGAAGGUGUGCGCCGUCAGAGCUUCCUCGGACUUGGACGAGCUUUUCUGGCCCCCAUGAUCCUCGCGCGCACCGAACGUGGAGAUGACAUGUUUCUAACCUUGCUCGAUCGGCUCGUCACGCAGAUUCUGGAUCUUGAUGCCCUCGAAACUCUUCCGGCCCCGUCGACGCCCACGCCAUUGCGGCCUGACCCUCAGGACGAACAAAGUCACCCGUGGGGAGAAGACCCUUCGCAUAAUGAGAGUUGGUACUUUGAUGUCGCCGACCCGGAGCAAGCCACAGGGGUCUGGAUCCGCCUGGGCGUGCUCCCUCAUCAGCCGGGCUCGUGGUACACGGCGCUGAUCUGUGGGCCGGGCCAGCCCACGGUAACGAUGGUUGACUUCAACGUCAAGACUGUCACAUCGGACCUGACCAUCGACACCCCACACAUCAAGGCCUCCCACACAGCCGUCUCCCCCCUAGAGCAGUACCGCGUGACGUUGACCGGCCUAGGAGAAGUAUUCGACGACCCGGCCGAUCUCCUCCGUCGACCGCGGGUACCAGGCCGCCAGGUACCCGUCGAGCUGGACCUGACCUGGCACACAGCCAGCACUCCAUACAAGUGGCGCAUGUUGGCUCGGUACGAGAUCUCAUGUACCGUCAGUGGCACCGUCAAGGUCGGCGAGCGCACUGUGGCCACCUUCAACCACGCCUGUGGCCAGCGCGACCACUCGUGGGGACCUCGUGACUGGUGGGGUGCCGAUUGGGUGUGGACGGCCUUCCACCUGGAGGACGGUACACAUCUGCACGGCGUCGAGAUUCGCAUGCCGAGGAGGCCCAAGAUGGCUGCAGGAUACCGACAAGACAAGGAUAGCCCCAUCGCCGAACUCACCGGUGUGGUGGCGACCGAGGAAGUGGCCGAAGAAACCCAUCUGGUCCGGAGUGCGACUGUCAGUUACUCUUGUGCGGGCAAGGAGGACAUCGUUCUCGACUUCGAGCCCUCGGGCAACGCGCCUCUUCUGCUCGAGUCGCCCCAGGACGGCCGCUUUUCCUACUUUCCACGCUCCUGGGCGAAAGUUCAAGCGCGCGAUGGACGCAAAGGCGUCGGCUGGAUAGAGUGGAACAAAGUGCAAUAUCAGUGA